UUCAUCUUCUUAAAGAUGCAUGUGAUGCAAUGUCAUAACAAAGCUUUUUUCACCCAGUUUUUCUUCUUUUUCUGCAUUCAGGUCGAGGCCAUCUUGGUAAACAUCUUUGGGGGGAUUGUUAACUGUGCCAUCAUUGCUAACGGAAUCACCAAGGCCUGCAGAGAACUGGAGCUCAAGGUUCCCCUGGUGGUUAGGCUCGAAGGAACCAAUGUUCAGGAGGCAAAGCGUAUCCUGUCUGAGAGCGGGCUGCCCAUCACCUCUGCCACCGACCUCGAUGAUGCUGCCAAGAAAGCUGUUGCCGCCAUUUCCAAGAAUUAAAUGCAUAUAUGCAUAUACACCAUUAUUAGAGUAUACACAAACCAAUAGAGCUGUGGCCAGAAACAAACAGAGCCUUACACACUUCAUUCACACACACAUGCCUUUCUCAUCUGCCCGCUGAACCACAGCUACACACAGUACCAGCCUGCAAGAGUCACUGGGCAUCUUGUCCAGUUUUUCCAGGGACACACUGUAUUUGAGAGCCUCUUCUCAAGCCCCAACUUCUCAAAGGGUCUCAAAUGCGAGGCAGUCUUGGGAAACGUGACUUUGCCUGGAGUUAACCUUUUUAUUAUCUGAAAGCAGUCAUUUCUAUAGCUUAAUCAAUAACUCUGUUAUUUUCAUUGCCUUACUCUUAAGUCUUUUUAUGGAAAAGUUUCCUUUAUUGAUUAUAAGUAUGAAUUUAUAUUUUCAAAUUAACCUUAAAUAGUUAAUUGCUUUCCAUAUUAAUCCCAAUGGUAAAUUGCCUUAAGUAAACCAUGAAAUAUGAGAGUGUCAUAUGGUGGAAUAGCUUCGUUUUUAUAUGAUUAAACUGUGAAAUACAUCCCAAAUCUGAUAUUGAUUUCUUGAUCUCCAUAUGAUAUCACCGUCCAAGUUUUAUUUUGUUUGUAAAAGUGAAACAAGACUUUUUUUUUUUUUUUUUUUUUAUGGAUAUAACAUUUAAAACUAGAGAUUAAGCAUGGUUUGUCUUCAAUAUUUCUGCCUUAAUGAAAAUGUGUUAUUGAACAGUCAAUUCAAUAUUGGAAGAGUUUUCCUAUUACAUGUUCAUAACGUAUAUUCAAUUGCAUUCAGCUUAUCUGUCAUAAAGUGGUACAGUUUAUAUACUGUGCCUGUCAUGAAGAUGUUUUAAAAGUCCACAAUAAAUGUAAUUAGCUUUUUGUAAUCUUGAUUGUAUUUUCAAAGUUAAGGUGGGUUUAAAAAUGAGUCAACAAUGUUGAAAAUAAAGCUUAAUUUUUGUUUCUCUUUA